CUCUCUUCCCCAAGAGACGCAACUGAGAACAACGAUCAGGAGUCCCUACGCUUCCAUUCCCCUUACUCCCUGUCCUGCCACCAAUACAUGGUUGACCACCAUUUGCAUCACAUUUAACCUUUUGCUGUGCCUUUUCCCUCGUUUCUCCCUCCGUUUCUCCCUCCGCCUUCCCUCCCCGAUUCUCCUCCCCCCUUGACAUGAUCCCGUUGAUCCAGUCGACGAGAGAGAACUCGUCCGACCGCCUACCAUUCACAGUCCCCACUUGGGCCACAUCAUGGCCCCUCAAUCCAUCGACGCAGAUGCGGAGGCGAUUUCGCUUUGGAGGAAACGUUACGACAAGCGACAUCCGUCGACAAAUCCAGUGAUUGCUAUUCUCGACAUCGAAUACAAUGAGCUUGUCCUGUCAUGGAAAAAGCUCCAGGAGACUCUCGCCCCACCAGAUCUGGUCCACUUUCCGGAACGCGCUCAGGGACCUGACGAUGUCCUAAGCUUGUUGAGCAGUAUCGAGCCGGUCUGGACGUCCAGCCCGAGGCAGCGAGUGGCCCGUGAUCACUGCAUCGAGCUGAGAUCCACUCUUCACGCUCACCACAUUCUUCUGAGUGCCCUCCCGAAGAGCGAAGCAUACCUGUCCCUCUUCUACAGUGUCCUUGAAUCAACCCUCAAAGCAUCUGCGAAUUAUCCGAAGAUCAUGGAAGGAUAUAUUAAAGCACUGGUUAUGAUCAAUCGGUCCUCGUGCCUGUCCAUCACGACGGACUUAACAUCCUGCUCAAAGGACACCAUCAACGCAAUCGCACAUUUCUAUGCGCUUUUCUUCUUCUUCCUCGGCGAGUUCAUGGACUGGUUUGUGCGCCAAUAUAAAUGCCGAUCACUGAAAAGUCACCAUCACAAUGUUUAUCACACAUUUCGCGACCUUGUGGGCCACCUGCGGCAGAGCGCCAGGGAAAUAGCGGGUGGGAUUGCUGAUCUCAUGGAUAUUGAUGAGGACGACAAUGAGACAGAAGACUCCAGCGACACAACCUGUGACAGAGAGUUGGGUCUGUUCGAACAAGCCCGGUUGGACCAAUUCGGCCUGCAGCGCAGGGAGCGACGCAACAAGGCGGAGAACGCUUUCAUCCGCCGCCUGGUCUGGGAGAUUGCGCAGGAUGCGGUCAAGCGCGGCCGACUCUUGAGAGACAGAGAUGCGCUACUGGCGCGGUUGCUUGACACUGUGGGCCAUCAGAUCCGCCCGGUGAGCCAGCAAAACACUGGUAUCGCUUGCCUAACAACAACAGCGUCUAGGGACAUAGACAUGGACAGAUUUGCCGCGAGCGAGAGGAGUCAAAAGCACAAGUACACGCGGGCGGAGCUGCAACUUGCAUCCAGUCAUCUAGAGAAUUUCUUCGAUGCCGACGACCAAACGCCUGAGCUUGACCCUGAUGUGGAGGUGAUCGCAGAGGAGAACGUGAUGACUUCGUUACAGCAGUGGGCGACCGAUACAUAUUCCCAAGUGCUGGCCGUAGGAGGGUCGCCCACCACGGCUUUCCCCAGCCCCGUCCUUCUUAUUUCGACGUGUUAUGCCAGCCUCGCAAGAAAAGCCCGCCUGCCGGUCAUCUCGCAUUUCUGCACCCGACCCGCCAACGGCACAAACGAAGUGACCUACGAGCAACAGUUGAUUGCGCUGGCCUACAGCUUGAUCCGUCAGUUGAUUGAAUACUUGCCACCGGUAAUCAUUAGCCAUUCGGGGUGCAACUUGAGCGCCGAACGGUUCAAGCCCCUGAAUGGCACAUUGACUUCUUGGAAGGAAGUGCUCUCCUUGAUUGACAUACUCCUCUACUAUGCCCCGCCUUUGAUGGUGUGUGUGAUUCAUGGACUGGAUGCCAUUCAAGAUGCGUCCACUGAUCAACACAUUCGGUCGCUGGUCCGCAUCCUCCUGACUCACACAAGGCACCAGACCGCUCCCACGGAAGGUGGCGGUGAGACGCAGAGCGUUCUGCUCAAGAUACUGUUUACUGUCGCUGGACGACCGAGCUCGCUAGUGGAGACGCUGUCGGAGAGCCAGCUGAUCCUGCGGGAGUCGAACAAGACGGACGAGCUGGCAACGACCGACUCUUCACUAGGCCCCGAUGUUGGGGUGGUCAUGAUGAAUGCAUAACUGAUACUCCCCUUAUUCUUCACAAUCAAUCGGGCUGUUCUCUUGGGGCGAAGACUUGGGACAUAUAGAAUUGAGCGCAGGCCGGGAGUCUUUUUGAAUAUAACCUUAUUGGCACGACCUUUGGAUUCUGUCUUCUUCAUC